AUGGCUUCAAUUUCAAACCAAAAGGGAUCUUCAAAGAAAGUGCCAAAACUUCUGAACAAGGAAGAUAGGAUUAGCAGCUUGCCAGACUCCCUUCUUGUACACAUUCUCUCUUUCCUUCCAAUAAAAUACUCAUUCCGAACUAGCAUACUAUCAUCGAGAUGGAAGUACCUCUGGGCUUCUGUUCCCACUUUAGACUUCGAUGACAAAUCAAGUUCGAAUAAGAGGCUUAAGUGCUCUUCCAACUUCAUGAACGUCGUUGAUCGAGUACUUCUCCAUCAUGAUUUGUCUUGCAUUCAGAAGUUCCAUUUGAACUGUUUUCCAUACAAUGACGGUGAUUUAUCAAGAAUAUAUACAUGGAUAAGUGUAGCCAUAAAGCAUGGUGUUCAAUUACUUGAUAUAAAGAUUAGUCCAACUCGAGAAAAAUUUUACUUACCUUCAAGCCUUUUCACUUGCCCAACAUUGGUAGUCUUAAAACUGGAAUAUCUACGAAGUUUCAUUGUCCCUUGUUCAGCCCAUUUUAAAAGUCUCAAGGUCCUCCAUGUUUCGUUUUAUCAUCUGGACAACGACUUGACGCUAAAUCUCUUUCAUAACUGCCCUGUUCUUGAAGAGCUGUUGGUGAGAGGAAUUGUUCAGGGAAAUGAAAAACGACGUUUUAAUGUCUCCACGCCUCGCGCUCUGAAGAGUUUUAGGUUUUAUUUUCAAACGUUUGGUGUUUGUGAAUACAAUAGGAAUGAAAUUGUGAUCAAUGCACCGAUUCUCAAGUAUCUUUCUCUCCAAAAUGAUUGCGUGCCUUCCUGUAUGCUGAAGAACCUAACAUCGUUGGUUCAAGCAGAUGUUAAUGUUGGAUACUGCUGUUCAAAUGCUUGGGCAACCGAACAAUAUGCCAAUAAUGUAUUCAUGCUUCUGAGAAAUAUUUGUACGGUCAAAUAUCUAUAUCUAGGUGCUCGUACCAUGGAGGCUCUCGAAUAUGCUGGUGAUGGUGCACCGCUUUUGUUCCCUAAUUUGAUUCGUUUGGAGCUGCAUGUUAACAAUUGCUGUGGCUGGACAUGUCUACUACAUUUGCUCAAAUGCACGCCUAACCUGUGUCAACAUAAAGAUUCCAAGGAUUUCAAAUUUGUUGAACCAGAAGUGGCGCCUUGUUGUCUAUCUACGCGUCUUCAAGAAAUUGACAUUACUGGAUUUGUGGGGCUGAGCAGUGAGGAGAAGCUGAUGGGGUAUUUUUUGAGAUAUGCUAAAGUGUUGCGAAAGAUGACAAAUAAUUCUUGUAAUUCAAAGGAAAAUUAGCUAGAGCGGGAAUUUCUCAAGAAACUGCUAAUGAUUUCGAGCAGGGGUGGAGCCAGGAUUACAAAGUGAACUGAACUAAGAGAAAGAGUAGUGUUGCAUAUGGACCGAGUUAAGAAGAAGAGUAGUAUUGCAUAUGUACAUUAGCACUAAAUUUUUUUUUUUUUUUUGGGACCAAGACUAUAGCCCAGGUUAGCCCUUCAGUAACUCCGCCCCUGAUUCACUAACCAGUCCAAUUCUACUUUCUUAACAACUUUUUCUGUUUUGUUAUUUUUGUUUCAUUUAUUUCUGAUGAGACUGGUUUAUUUUUCUUUCAAAAACCUAUUUUUAAUUCCUUUACAUUGAAAGAUCAAAAUUCUAAUUUGGAGAACUUUUGUCAAUAAUUUCAAUUAUCUACUUCAACAAAUUUGCAACUACUUUCCCUCCAUAAUCUUGCAUUUUACAUUAUUUUGAAAAUGUGUUACCGCAGGUUCUUUAUUCCA